AUGGAUACCAUAAUCCACCCACCUAUGAACAGAAUACCUGCUGUUGCACCCACUAUUAAACAAGAUAAUAGCGUUAAAGAUUUAAAGAAACUUUCACGUUUGGAAUUGUUAGAUCUCAAGGAGCGACAACACAAAUUACUGGUAAAUAAAGUCAACCUAAAACGGCUGCCAGAUAAAGGAAAACGCAUAGAAGAUUUAUACAAUAAAAUAAUUGAAGAGCUCGAUCGGCGUACUAAUAUUGAUGAAGCGGCAAAUAUGUUCUCAGAAUUAAACAUAGUUUCUAAGGGUGAAGCUGUACUUAACAAUCUGGAGUGGAAUGGCAACUUGAAUGGUGAACAUAAUGAUGAUCCAACAGACGAUGUACUUGACAGCGAUGAUGAAACAGAGUUAGAUCCGUUGCGCGUGAUAGCACAGCGAACCAUGCACGAGCGACGCACAAAAAUAGUACCGCCGGAGCCAAAAUUAAUAACGGAAGCUGAUUUAGCUGAGAUCGAAUCUUUUAAAUCAGAGUCUGAGAAUAUAGUUUCAAGCGAAUUUCCGAAAGCGAGUAUGACCGAAAGCAAAACAGAGGUGGAAUCAGUAGGAAAAGUUGUAGACGUUCAAGUUGUUGAAAUAGAUGUCAGCGAAAAGUUACCGUAUAUAAAAGCCAAGAUACCGCACAUAGAAAAAUCUCCAUCAUCAAAAGCAAGCUCAAUUAGUGGAAAUAGUCGCAGUAGCACACCGGCAAUGUCGGAGGUAGAGCAACACGUACGCUACCUUGUCGCGAAAACUGAGCUACAAGUAGAUCCACAACGUGAGAAGUUCAAACCUUACAAAACCACUGUGUCAGAUGUGCAUGAUCCAGCAAAGGAACGGCUACGUAAAAAGGGUAAGUAUUGGGAAGUUACAGCUGCAACACCCCCGCUUAUACAGCACAGUGGCGCAAAGAUGCUGACAUUACUCGAUUCGGUGGAUCUUCAAUCCAAUUAUUUGGCAAAAAUAAAAAAUUUGCAAGAAAAACAAGCUGAGGAGCGUUUAGCUGCUCGAAUAGCGCGACUCGAACAACGUGACCUGAAACUGCCUACAGAAGGAGUGUUGAAAACUAAAGUUGCUUUUACAACAUAUCGCAUGCCAUCAGUACAUAUUGAAGGUGAACAAAAGUUCAGCGAAGACGAUGAGGUACAUGAUCCACUAGAUGAGGAAAAGUCCGGUGGUGGUGUUACAUAUACGAUAUACAAUUAAAAUUGCCUCAUUAUAAAUAACAAUAGCAUCUUUAUAUUAUUUUAACGUUAAUUUAUUAAUUGUCGCCAUGUCAACGAAGUUUCUAGACGCGACAUUCAACAACACAACUAUAUAUGUAUGUAGACGAUCAGUAGUUAAGCCAUGUAAUUUUUAAGAUUUUGUGCAGGUGCCGCUUUUAAGCAAACACUCUUUCCUACUUAUAUAUGCAUGUAAUGUUGAAAGCUGUGCUUUGGUCUCAAUAAAGUACACUAAUUUGUAGAAUUUCUAAUGUAA